AUUACUACCGGUCUCGCCCUCACUGCCCUUUUUAAUUUAACAGACCGCCCCGAGACAACGACAUGGCUCAGCGCCGGUGAGAAGGAGCUGGUCAUCUAUAGAGUCAUGCUUGUACGUGUAAACAUGACGGAACUGCUUGUCGAGUUCGGUGUCCGGAAAUUUCUUCAUGUAAUCUUUAACCCGUUUACUCUUGCGGUAUCUACGAUUGUUCUAUUGCUCAAUAUCACGUUCCAAGACCUUGCUUUCGUAAUCCCUACCACCGUCCGCACCACCCUAUCUGAUAGAACAUUGAUUAUCUAACGACUUCCAACCGUUCCUCCAUACAUAUUCCGCUCUGUACUGGGAAUUUGCGGCUUCAGUUGGAAAUUCGGUCACCGAAACUGA